UUUGGCAGCACUGCGGCAAUGGGGAGGGCAGUUGGGCAGUUCAUGUAGGGGUUACGUUCACUACGGCGAGAUCGUGCGCGUCUGUCGUCUUGGUCGUCUGUCGUAUCCCUCGCGUUCGGAGGUGCUCGAAGGUAAUUCGCGACGACACAUGGAGAGAACGAUGUCGGAGCAGACGGCUUCGCAGACGCAAACUGAAACAAUCUCCGAGGCGGACGUCACUGACUCCGGAUCGCAGGAUGUACCUACUGUACGAUUACGUUUACGAAAACCAAAAUCGAAUAAAAAGGUUCAGUGGACUCAAACGACUGUAGACAAUGAAAAUUUAAAUAGAAAGAAAUCAAAAUGUUGUUGUAUUUAUGAGAAACCAAAAACUUUUGGUGAAAGUAGUUCUGAAGAUAGCGACGAUGAAUGUGAACAUUGUCAUGGAGAUAAAGAUGCUCAUAAGAAAGCUUUACCUAAAGCUGAUGACCCUGCGCGAGAAGGAAUGUCAUCGCACCCUGAACCGAUUGCAACAGGUUCAACAUAAGUGUAUUUUUAUGCUUAUUGACAAUUUUUCCCUAAAUGGAAAACAAAUUCCUUUAUGCUAUUUCUCAAGUCAGUGUGUCGUACAGAAAAAGAUGAUGGAUCGUAGGUACACAAACUUUAACCAUGAUUUUGCACUAGUACAUGUAUUUAUAUUACAGUGCUUUAACAGUAUCGCGCAGAUUACAAAAUGUUGUUCAAAUUGUUAAUUGCUAUACAGGUCAUAAGAAUAGUAAAUUAUCCAACAUUCUUUGAAAAGUAACUUUAUCAUUCCUUAUACGUUUACCUUCGAAUUAAUAUUAUUUUCUUUAUAUGUACUAUUUGUACUUUAUAUGUAGUAUUUUUUGUUAUUUACUAUUUAGUAUUUAAUAUAUAGAAUUAAAUUUAAAUUUUAUGUGUUAGGAAAAUAUAUGUUGUUACUUUGUGACUUGUAUUAAUAAUUGAAUAAUAGUAUUGAUACAGUUUAUUAUUACCAGACCAAGUUUAGAAUCACUUUCUAAUACGCAGGAAUAUUAGGAAUAUGUCAAAAUUUCUUUUUGUUUGAGAGAUUUAUUACAUUUAAUCUCAUACGAUUGCUGUAUAAUACAAGCUCAAAAAAAAAUGAAAUAAUGUAUUACAAGUUAGGACAUGUAUUGUCCUAAUGAUAAUUAGUUAUAUACGACGAAAAAAAGAUAAAAGAUACAAAAUAGUGCACAUUUACAUUUAUUCCUUGUUUCCUUUAUCUAAUAUAAGUAGGUAAAUGAAAUUUGUAAAUAUUUCAAAUAUACAUAAAAACAGAACGAAAUAAAAAGAUUUGAUAUUAGAUCAUAUUCAUGAUAAGAAUUGUGAAUCAAAAAGAAACUUAAUAUUCAUUGCACACUUUCAUUGAGUUUCAAUUUUUAAUUAAAAAAAAAAAAAAAAAAAAAAA